AUGGAAGAGGAAUCAUCACCACCAUCAGUUAGAAAAUUACAAGAGAAUUUUGAAGGACCUAAAGGUUCAUCAUCGUCAUCACCAUCAUCAUCACCAUCAUCAUCAUUUAGAAAAAGUAAUAAUAAUACACCAGUUGGUGGUGGUAGUGGUUCAACAGAUACAAGUAGUAUUUCCAAAAAGGAUGUUCAAGUUACAGUUGAGAAAUUUUUGAAAGAUGAAGUAUUACCAAAAGGACAUGCACCAGGUUCCACUCAUAAAUCUGCUGUUGGAAAACCAGCACCAAAUGAACUCGAUAAUAAAGCAAAACAAAUUCCAAAAUUCUCUGGAAAUUCACAUCCAGUUUAUGGUUUAAUGUUGGCUGGUAAACAACAUGAAACCAGUUCCACUAAAAAGAAAAUUGUAAUUCCACCAUCAAGUGCUUAUUAA